CAAGGCCUCGUCCGAUGCCCUCGUUUUGACGGAAUUGAUAACAAAACUGGAUAUGCCACAGUCACAAUGAACAGAGCGCCAGUGAACAGUCUGAAUCUGGAGCUCAUGACCCAACUCGUUAAAGCUGUCGACGAUCUGGAGCGGUCAAAUGUGAAAGGAUUGAUUUUGACUUCGUCUUUCAGCAAGGUCUUUAGUGCCGGUUUGGACAUUGCCGAAAUGAUCAACCCCAAUCCGGACCGAUUGAGAGCCGUCUGGGGAAUUCUUCAGGAUUUGUGGCUAGGGAAACUGAAAGUGUGUCUCAAAGGAAGAAUGUUCAGCUCACAGGAAGCAUUGGAGAAAGGAUUGGUGGAUGAGCUAGCUGCGGACAAGGAAAAUGGGAAGAAAAAAGCAUUGGACUACCUAAAUAUUUUUACAAAUACAUCAUCCUAUGCCAGAACGGAACAAAACUGUUGCUCAGGAAUAGAGAUAUUGAAGACAUGA